UUAGCGUUAGUUUGUGUGCCUUCUUUGGUUUUUUUUCUUUUCCCCCUUUUCUUUUCUGCAAAAUUGUCGGAAAGCUGGAUUAUUCAAUAGUCUUCGAAGCGAUGGCUGACCGACUAACUCAGCUACAGGACACGGUGAAUCAACAAGCGGAACACUUUUGUAAUAGCAUCGGUAUCCUACAGCAGUGCUCGAUUCCGAGCAAGUUUGCCGGUUUUGAGCGUACCGGGUCCCAAACGCCUCAGCAACAAGUGCAGCAGCAACAGGAAGACUACCCGCAGCUAUUCUCCACUCUGAUCUCCCGAUGCGCCAAAGACAUCGACACCCUUAUCGAAUCUCUGCCCAGCGAGGAAAGUUCGAUCGAGCUGCAGGUCCAAUCGCUCCAACGACUCGAAGCCGAAAACAAAGAAUCGGCCGAAAAGCUGGAAGAAAUCGUACGGAAGGGCGAGCUGUUGCUGGAGAAAAUUCAAGCCGCGCUCAGUGAUAUAGCGCAGUCCCAACUGGACAUGCAGUAUUCGUCAUGA